AUGAUAAUAACGACCACCUUUUAUACUGUCAAACUGAAAGAAAAUAUAUCAGUAACUGAUAGUGAUCCGAUUGCAUUUCGAGCGCUUAGCAUUAUAUUAGCAUAUUUUAAAGAAAGUAAACAAUAUAUUAUUGUGGACACGAAAGUAAGCGACCGAUUCCAAUAUUGUUUUCCUCUAAAGGACUUAGGGAAAGCUUUUUGAAAGGAGAGAAUAGUCUAGAAGAAAUCAAUAACCCUUCUAUUUUGAACAAGAGCUUUUAUUCUUUAGCAUAGACUGUCAAAAAGACUUCAGCCGUAGAAAAUCCAGCAGUUCUAGAGCUUUCAGUUCGUGCUCCAGCUAAGAAAAUGCGUGAUGCAUGUUUUUUUGGAAACUCAUUUGCUAUUAAGAAGAGACAGUCGAGAAUAAUGAAUGAUGUCCUUUCUGUACUAAUCCUAAAAAGAAAUAUAAAUAACUAUUGUUUGUUUACCGUUAUGAGAUCUAGUUCUUAAAACGAGUGGACUAAUUCGAAUUUUCUUACAGCACUAAAAAAAUCACACCUUGCAUGUAGUGAAAUAACCCAUGCACUAUUUUUAAUUUUUACAUUAAUGAUCCAAAAGGUCUAAGAAGUUCUUGGCCGUCUAUACUAGUAUGUCAUGAUUCCGUUACUUAUUUCAAAAUUGGUUUAGAUUCAAAUCAUCUUAUUAGAACAGCUAAUUCAUUGGAAGCAGUAGUGAUAUGGGCAGAUCUAUUUCAUUUGUUCAAUAUUGAUUUUUAUCAAGGGACAAAAAAAACUAAUGAAUUCUUUUAUUUUCUUUUAUUCAAAAAAUUCGCGGUUAGUGGUGAAAGCGCUGUUCGAACGUUAAUUAAAAAAUUACAGUUAGCUUGAGAACAUAGGAGGAGAUUUUUAAGACACUCAUGAGAUUUCUCUUCUUUCGUGUGUGUUAUCUAUCAACCAUUAUUCUUAAUUCUGCAUGUUUGUCCGUCUGCCAUUUACGGCGUUUGUGAUUUCUACCUUUUUUGUUCUCUCCUCAACCAUGUAGUUUAGUUGAGUUGCGGUUGAUUACUUCAUUGAAGAUUAGAUUUUUUGUGUAGUACUAGUUAGCUCAACCCUCUCUAAUCUGGUGCAUGCUUUUAUACUAACAUUUUUCUUGUAUGCUGCUCACAAAGUGAGCUAUUGUUUUUACUCUUUCUGACAUUAUUUUCUCAUUUAUGCCGUAUUAUGCUUAACUAAACCUGUUUUUCUGUUCUUAUGCCAGAAACUUUUCUUAUUUGGUGCAUGACCUUUUCUGCUUAUUAAUAUAACUACAUUUCAACUUACUAAUAAAUUUUUAUACCAACAAACUGAUCGAACUCUUCUAUGACGGUAGUUCUAUAUAUGAACAGACAGCCACGUUCUUAAAGUAAAUGGAAUCACGAGAAUUUGAGUUCUUCAGCCGAUAUUUGUGUAGAACAGAUGUAAAACAAGGCGAAGAAAAAAAUUAUUGUUCUCUAAUGAACGAAAAUUAUGUUCUUCAACUUUUUGGUCGGUCUUAAAAAGUGAGUUCUUCAGAGAACAAUUUGUUCCCUAUAGAGAACAAAAAAUCUGAAGAACAAAAGUGUUGUUCUUCAGAAAGUGUGAUCUUCAUCUUUUGUGUUUUUCAGAGAACACAAACCUUGUUCUUCAGUUUUUUGGAAGUUCUUGAAAAACCU